CACCCAUUGGACAGCUACCCGGAAGUGGUUCAAAGUUGCCUCUUCCUGAAACUUCCUGAAACCGCGCUCAAGCCCGCGUAUUCCAAAAUCUGCUGCAGUACGAAGUCAGUAAAACAAAAAAACGAAUAAGUAAUAGAAACAGUUUUGUUUUUUUAGUUUUGCGAGAAAACCUACAUGAACGCUGUGACCAAAAAUAUACGGUUCAUUUGCAUUUACUCAAUUCCAGUUGCGGCGGCGACUCGUAUCUUCCUGAACAAAACAAACAGAGCUGCUGCUGCUGCGUGUAGCUACACACAGAAACAACACCUAGCGCCGAGUAGGUAACAUGAGAGGGGCCUCACAGACGCUUAAUAUGGCAAACUAUUUGACCAGUGCCUUGUGAACCGUACAAGUUGUAUCUUUCGGAGAGUUUUUGGCUACUUGCUCCUUUUUAAUAUCUUUAAUGCUGUUUUGGUAGUCUGCAGAUGAGUCCAGCAAGGCUAGUUUUGUAGUUCUGUAUCCUGUGCUAUAGUCUCCCUUGAGUUGCUCACAGACAAUGUCCUGGAACGAGGCACGUCCUGCACGGAGCCAUGAACCCGUCAAAGGAGAUACUAUUUGUGUGGUCCCUGGUUUCGCCUCAAAGUAUGUGGAGGAGGAUGAGUAUGACCUGAACAAAUCAUACCCUUCUGCUCGACGACCACUGCGCAAAAACGGUUAUUGCUUGAAUGCAGGGAGUUCAGUGGCAUCCCGCAACAUCCAGAUCUCCGUCCUCCACCGCGACCCCCAUGGGUCUCAUCACGGAUCAUUACCCCUUCCAUUCUCGCCGUUUGAGAUGGAAGAAAGCCUCUUUAGACAGCUGACCUCUGGGGAUAAUGAAGUGGUCUCAGGACCCCAAGCUGUCAUCAACCCUAACAAGGCCAUCCUCACCGUGGACCACAUAACCAGAGAGAUCUUGGCAGUCAACCAGCAGGCCUGCAGGCUGUUUGAGUGUUCUGUGCAUGAGCUGACCGGGAAGAAGUUGUGCGCAGUCCUGAGGAAGACCAGCCAGGUGCUGGACAAAGCCCUGAGUGAACACUACCUGCAGCCAGACAGCAGCGUUUCAGCGAUCUGUAGCAAAGUGGUUGAUGCGAUGACCUUGUCUGGGGAGGUGCCUGUGUCUGUAUGUGCCCAGAAGCGGAUCCAAGAUGGGCAGCAACACUGGCUCAUCACCAUGGAACAAGUGGAGAGGAUAUCUGCCUCCAUUUCUUUGGCACAAGAUGGCGUCAUCAUCAGCUGUGACACAGUGUUUGCCCAUCUCCAUGGAUACCUCCGGGCUGAGGAGUUGACCGGCCUGUCUAUUAUGAAGUUAAUCCCUGAGUUACAAAUCCCUGUUCAGGGUCAUGUCAUAUCCAAAAUGCAGAGGAUGCAGAGAGUGUGUGGGCGGAGCAGAAAGGGCACGGUGGUCCCGCUGUGUGUCCGGCUGCAGGGGGAGGUGGUGUGUGGGCGAGCCCCCCGUGACCUGGCCAGUGGAGAGGGUACCGAUCCACUGGCCUCCGACCUGGGGGGCUCUGAGCAGCCUCUGAGGACAGAACCAUCUCCCGACCCAAACCUGUUGGGCCUCUCGGCCGCCGUCCCACCCCCCUCCGCCCCCGUCUACUCGGGGACCGCGUGGGCGUUCGCCCCCCUGAGCAGCCUCCUCCUGCUGCGGCCAGACGGCUCCAUCUCCUCCAUCCACGGCCUCCUGGCCCUCAGCCUGUUGGGCUACACAGAGGAGGAGCUGCUCGCCAAGAGGGUCACCUUCCUGAUGCCUGGUUUCUACGGUUCGAUGUGUGGGUCGUACGGAGAGGCCAGUCCCCUGUGUCUACCCCGAGUGGGGGACAUACCCAGGCCCUCGUCAGAUGGUUACGCUAAUGGUUCAGGCCCCAUCAGCCGCCCCAGUAAGCCAUCGGCCCGGAGAGACAAAGUCAACCCAGGGAAAGACCCCUCUCUGCUGGUGGCGGGGGACAUGCUCACGGUCCAGCAGGCUGCCCUCAGCCGAAGCCCCGCGGGCCGGGGCAAGAUCUUCACGGGGAACGGCGCCAGGCUGGAGAAGACGGACAGCGCGCCCUCUACCCUGACCGCGCCCACCGUCACCUCCACGCCCAUGGCCACGAUGAAUGACACCGCAGAGCUGAUGGAGGCGGUGGAGGCCGAGCUGGGCGGUGCCGGUGCCGGGGGCGGAGGCAGAAGCCUGCUGGGGUGUGCCGACGACACCCAGGCGCUGCUCGUGACCUUCGCCUAUGUGGAGUCCCCUCAGGGAGACGCCCUCGGCCUCCCCGCGCAGGGAGGUUCCCCGGGACGGCACGCCCCCCGGAGGGACGACCACUCUGUCAUCGAGGUCAUCCCAGACACGGUCAUCAAAGCUGUUGCCAGGCCUGGUGUCUGCUCCAGCGGUAGAGCGGGGACCUGCCAGCGCCCCGGUGGCUGUAACCUUCAUGACUCCAGCUUUGAGAUCAUCUCCAUGGGGAGCAGGUCAUCGUCUGGCUUCUGCGAGACGUUUGUCGGCCAUAUGGGCGUCUCCACCUCUCCCAAGCCAUGCCAGGAGGAGGGGGUGGUGGACACCUGCUCUGCCCUGGUGCUGGACUCGGCCAGCUGCAUGCCGGACCUCCACACCAGCGACGACCAGGUGGUCCGGGCCAUGGUGGCACUGGACCUGGACCUGAGCGCGGGAAGCAUGGAGAUCCUCGACGGCGGCGGCAGCGGCGAAGACACCGCGGAGCUCCUGCGCACGCCGUCCCCCUUCGUGGUGGAGGACUCCCAGGACACGGGGCCCGGCGGAGAUCCCCCGCCUGGGGGGCCGGGUCAGCGGGAGGAAGGGGGGCAGGGCCAGUGGACCACCCUCUCGUCCAUCGACAACGGCCUGGGCCAAGGAACCAACGGCAAGAUGCAGGUGUCGCCCGAGAUCCCCGCCACGUCCACUCCCAAGAAGACGAGGGCCAGCAGCUGCGUACUGUCCCCGGGCGCUGAAGAGAUCGGCGAAGGACAAUAUGAGGGAAGCGCCUACCAUAGGGAUGGUUCCAGAAUAGAUGUCCAGUGUGACGUGUGUAGAGCCGACCUCCCCGACGGCACCUCCAUGUUCUGCGUGUGGCUGAGCGUGCCUGGCCAGCAGGGGGCGCUGAUGCAGUCCUCGCUGCGCGACAACUCGGGCAGCAGUCUUGGAGCGAGGAUUGUAGAGUCCGUCCACGGGGACAUCCUGCGCUCCACCAUGGACCUGGACCAGUCCCAGGCGUGCAACGGACAGUUUGAGGAGGAGUAUCAGCCCCUCAAGGCGGUGGGGAAAGGAGCCUUCGGCUUCGUCUGGAAAGCGCUGAGGUGCUGCGAUGGCCAGGAGGUGGUGGUGAAGUUCAUCAAGAAGGCCCGGGUGGUGAGCGAAUGCUGGGUGGAGGACCCCAUGCUGGGGCGGGUCAGCCAGGAGAUUGCCAUACUGACCCGCAUGCAGCACCACAACAUCGUCAAGGUGCUGGAGGUGUUUGAGAACAGCAGCUACUUCCAGCUGGUGAUGGAGAAGCACGGGGAGGGCCUGGAUCUGUUUGAGUUCAUAGACAAACAGCCCAGGCUGGACGAGGCCCUGGCCAGCUACAUCUUCAGACAGUUGGUGGCAGCGUUGUUCUACCUGCGCAGCAAGAACGUCCUUCACCGGGACAUCAAGGACGAGAACAUCAUCAUAGACACCUGCUUCCACAUCCGGCUUAUCGACUUCGGCUCGGCCGCUGUGCUGGCGCCCGGGAAGCUCUUCUACACGUUCUGCGGCACGCUGGAAUACUGCUCCCCCGAGGUGCUGCAGGGAACCCCUUACAAGGGUCCAGAGCUGGAGAUGUGGUCCUUAGGGGUUCUGCUAUACACACUGUUGUUCAGUGAAAACCCCUUCUGUGGUGUGGAGGAGAUCCUGCAGGCCAGACUCAAACCUCCAUUCGACAUAUCCACAGAUCUGCAUGACAUGUUGUCAGACAUGCUUCAGCCUGAGCCGGAGAAGAGGAUGACCCUUGACCAGCUCCUGCUGCAGUCCUGGGUCAGCCAGCCCAUCUCUCUGGCCGAGUACAGCUGGAACGAGGUGAUCCCUUACAGCCAGUGUUUGCAACACGGCAACCAGCAGAGUCCCGCAGCGUUCCUGGGGCAAGGGCUGUUCCCAAACACGGGUGAGGAGACCCUUCCGGAUGAAUGUGACGGAGAGGAGGAGGAGGGGGAAUAUGACGAUGACGAAGAAGAGCAGAAGUCAAUGCUGGACCUUGAAAAUGAGCUCCAGAAGUAUCUUGUUGAGGGCUAAGUCUUUAUGAACUGAAUCCCCUUGUAUUAUGUUACCAGCUGUGAAUUCAGCAAGAGACUUUACUAUAUGAAGAAAGGCUGGUUUCACAGGAUUCAACGCAAAAGAUCUCAACUCUAACUCUCCACAAUUGCACCUUCAAUAAGAAUACUAAUAUGAAGAAAGACUUUUUAAUACCAUAAUCGCUCCAAUGGUUGCCCAAAGGGAUUUCCUUUGUAUUGUCUAUUUAGUGCUGAUUGCUAGAUGCAACACAAUUAUUGACUAAUUAAUUAAAUUCAUUGUUUUAAUUGUUUUGGUAUGCUUUCAUAUUUAUGUUGUAUUUAUUUAUGUCACUGAUUUUAUCAAGAUUGGAAGCAUACACAUGUUUAUUAUUUUGUAUCAACCAAAGUCUACAUUCAUUAUCUGAACUAUUUAAUCGCUGUAGAUCUUGAUUGUUAAUUGUGCAGUUUCAAUUUUCAAUCUGUUGAUUCAUUGUUGGUGGAUGCAUAUUUUUGUUUUAAUGAUACAUUUAUUUACACUAUUUAUUCAGUCACAUGUAAAUAAAUAUUUUAUCAAAUGCUA